AUGCUGCACAAAAUUCCAAAACCUUCCUGCAGCUCAGCGCUCUCCUUCACCCCAAGCACCUCGCCAACAGUUGGACCAACAGAAUCAGCAGCAGCAGCAGCAGCAGCAGCAGCAGCAGCAGCAGCAGCAGCAGCAGCAGCAGCAGCAGCAGCAGCAGCAGCAGCAGCAGCAGCAGCAGCAGCAGCAGCAGCAGCAGCAGCAGCAGCAGCAGCAGCAGCAGCAGCAGCAGCAGCAGCUUCAGCAGCAGCAGCAGCAGCAGCAGCAGCAGCAGCAGCAGCAGCAGCAGCAGCAGCAGCAGCAGCAGCAGCAGCAGCAGCAGCAGCAGCAGCAGCAGCAGCAGCAGCAGCAGCAGCAGCAGCAGCAGCAGCAGCAGCAGCAGCAGCAGCAGCAGCAGCAGCAGCAGCAGCAGCAGCAGCAGCAGCAGCAGCAGCAGCAGCAGCAGCAGCAGCAGCAGCAGCAGCAGCAGCAGCAGCAGCAUGUAGCAGUAGCUGA